UCGUUAAGAUACCUCACAUACCAUCACCAAUAUAUAACGAGUAACGGGAACUAGAUGUUUGAAAAUCCUGAUAUUAGUUUUAUGGUCUGAGGGCUAGAGCAGUUUUAGUCCGAUUUGGAAAAUUUUUGGUUGUAAUGUGGAACACCUCAAACGCACUAUUCGGGAAAAGUUAUCCUAUACUACUGAAAAGUGAAAGAUUGAAAUUGUGUUAUAUGAGAAGUAGGUGUGCCCAUUUUCUCUCCCUAACAUGGGAAUGUCAGGAUGAUUUUAUAUAUCGAUUUUGGUUGAAAUUGGUCGAGUAGGUCCCGAUAUAUGGCUUUUCACCUAAAGGUGGACCACGCCUAUCGUCCAAACAUGACACGGGCUCCUACAAAGCCCUUUUGUACCAUCCCGGCGGUAAAAUUUUGUAUAGUUAUUGAUUUAUCGCGCAUUUAGUGGUUUUUAACAAAAUUGUUAUUUCGGGAGUGGGCGGGUUAUAAAACAAUUUCAUUAUUUUACACACUUGACAAGGGUACCAAAGAGAUAAAUGCUGAGCAAUUUUGAAUAUUAUAGUUUGAAAGGUUUAGGAGAUAUGUACAUUAAACUUAUUGGAAGCUCCACUUAUCUAUUUUAUUGUGGAGCUUAGUUAUGGCACUUUAUACGUUUUCAAUUAAUCUCGUUCUGUGGACGUGACAGUGAUCCGAUUACGCCUAUUUACGAACUUGUCGCCCCGAUUCGACAGUCAACCGGAUUUCAACUCGUCUCGCCAUCCUGAUCAUUUAUAUACACACUUAUAUAACUCCAUAUCUAUCUCGAUUAGUUUUAGCUGUUACAAACAUUCGUUAAAUGAACAAAACUAUUAUAUCAAUUGAUGGAGCUUUAAAUUAAUUUAAUUUGUUUUUUUAUGGAACUAUUCACUAUUGUUUUCUUUUACUCAUAAUUUGUAAUUAACUCGUAAUAAAAUAUUGAAAUAAAUUCAUUUAUCAUUUGUUAUGCUAGUUUUUUAUUGUGCAUACACUCUAACGGGAAAAAAUGUUUGUAUUUUUGUUUUUCAAUUAAAAUAUUAUACUUUUCAGUUUUUUUUUCAUUUUUGGCGACAUAUUUAAUAUCAAUUUGUGUACAUGGUUUGUUCAAAAAGUAUCGCAAAUUUUGUAUUUAUUAAGAAAGUGUCUAUUUAUUCAGGAAUAUCUAUUGUGGCCCCUUCAAAGUAAUCACUCCUAGAUAUAGCGUUUUCUUCCAAUCCUCAAAGCAAUUAAAAAGUAAUUUUUUGUGAUCUUGUUGAGCUCCUCCAUCUAUGCAGUUUUUAACAAUCGUAGCGUAGGGUCGUCUUUUCAUGGGCCUCUUCAGUUUUUGGAACGGGUCAGGUCUGGGGAAUACGGUAUGAUUAUUUCUUUUUUAGCCAAAUAAUUGAGCACGAGUUUCGCGUAAAUUGCGCAUAACUUGCCGGUAAUAUUCUCUAUUGAUCGUAUGACCGUUUGGCAAGAACUCAUGAGGCACGACGCCCCUACAAUCGAAGAAAACUGUGAGCUAAGCCAUCACAUCCGACCGAACUUGGCGCGCUUUUUUGGUCUUGGCUCAUGCGACAGUUUCCAUUUGGAUGAUUGAACUUUGGUUUCCACGUCAUAACCAUAAACCCAUGAUUCGUCACUAGCCAUGACCUUCUGGAGCAGAUCUGAGUCGUUGCGGACUCGGUCCAACAUCUCCUGAACAAUGUCAACGCGGCGCUGUUUUUAGUUAAAUUGAGCAAUUUUUGCACAAACCUCGGGGCGACCCGACUCAUACCCAAUCAUUGGUUAAAAUCGAAUGGCACGAGCCAAUCGAUAUGUUUAAAUCCUCAGUAAUUUCUAUAAUGGUCAUCCGACAAUUGGACAAUACUAUUUUUCUCACUUCAAUAUUGUUUUCGUCAGUUGUUAACGUGCUCGAGCGUCCGUCACAUCUUCUCGACCCUGUGAGAACAUUUGUUACCACCGAUAAACUUUGCCUUUGUCCAAAGUAGCUUCACCAUAUGCCGCAGUCAACAUUCGGAUUACGUCCGCGCACUUAAUUUGGCUUUGCACACAAAAUUGUAUACAAAUUCCUUGAUCCAUUUUUUAGAAAAGCAAAAAUCGAGGAAGAACUAAAACGCGUUUAAGCAAAAGAACUGUCAAAAAUUAACUAAACAUUCAAAAUGGCCUAGUCAGCAUAAGUAAGGGAAAUUUACCAACAUAAUGCAACAAAACAAUCGAAAAUCGAAUACACGUAGCCCGCGAAAAUUCAAAAUUCGCCAAAAAUUUUUGAACAAGCCUUGUAUAAACUGAUUAAUUUACUUUGUACAAUUAAUAACAAAAAUUUCAUAUUUUGCCCGCUCUCCCCUUUAGAUGCUAAACGGACUUCAACGGAUUCCAAUAUGAAUCUCAGCAAUAAUAACAGUAGUAAUAACAAUAAUAACAAUGGCAAUAAUGACAACAAUAAUAUCAAGGAGCCACUUCUAAAUAACAACAUAACAACCACCAAUAAUAACACCUGUGAGUCCAACACCGAUCUUAAUACUGAUAUUAUUACGAACAGCAAUAACACCAACAGCAACCCCAUAUCAAAUUCAUCGCCCCACAACAAUAGUAAUUCAAACGAUCCCGAUAUGAUUUCACCCAUUAUUAUGGCAAAGUUCCUCGAGGACGAACUGAAAGCGAGUCAAGUUAAGCACUGCGACACUUGUCAAUGUUCCAAACAGGAUCUCACGGUGCUGGCUGACGUCUCGCGGUCCUAUACAGUUUCCACGCAAACUCCGUUCCAACUGCAGCUCGCCGGCGGUACUCUUAACGAACCGCUCACACAAUUGUGCCUACGUUGUCAUAGCAAUUUGAACUCACCUUCACGCACCAACAGUCCCUAUCUGAUGAAAUUGGUGAAAUCCAGUGAUUCUGUGAUUUCGGAAACGAAAAGUUCUGUAUCGGAUCUCAACGAUAUGGAUAAAUUGUUUACGCCAGCCAAAAAGGACGAUUUGAUGGUGAAUCCCAUAUUGGGACAUCAUCGCUUGUGUGAUCGUACGGCUGGCAGUGGUGCUUUGCAACAUCAAAACAGCAUUGCGGCGGCCAAGUUGAGCACCACCUUACUUUAUCCAACCACACAUUUGGGUACUUAUGGGAAUGAGAAGUAUUUGUUGGAGACGAGUAAUAGCCUUGCAGCUGGUAUGCAGGUGAAGAAUGGCUUUCAGCGCCGCUUCCUGGAGGGUGGGGGCACUGCGCUGGAGUUACUAAAUGCCGCUAUUGGUAGUGGCAGUAAUGCUACAAUUCAAAAUAUUGCCAAGAAAGUGACGGAACAAGUAACACCAAAAUCAGUAGGCAAUAAUGAGUUGGAUGACGAGGCGAAACCUUUGCUCAGCGCAAGCUCACAAUCUAAUUUACUGGAUUAUGGUAGAUUAAAACCAAGUGUGGGCAUAGAGUUAGCUGAGCCUGCAAUGGAGCAGCAAAUGAAAUCACCAGCGAGUGUAUGUAGUGCCUCCGAACCUAAGCAAAAUCUCAUGAAAUCUGGAAUCACCGGCAGCGAGAAUAGUCUGUGGAGCAGAACGAGUAGUUGCGAGGGCGCAAAGAUGUUCGAGACCUUUAAUAGGAAUUUGAUUAAAACCAUCAAGGCUGAAAACCCCAAAAACCGCGGACCACGUCUCUGCGCUAUGCGUAUACAACAUAAUGGGCAAAGCAAUAUAUUGCUAGAUAACAUAGAGUCUAUGGAAGCAGUUACGCCCAUUAUUUACAAACGGCGAGAGCGUCUCUUGGACGAAGAACUAGAUGACAUUAAGGACAUCAUAACUUCCAACGCAACAAAUAUUUCGAGUACAGAAAUAGUAGCAGCGCACCAAGCAGAAGAUGCAGACGUCGGUUAUACCACGGAUGCAGGAAAUGAAAAGUUGACAGAUGUCAUUACCAUACAAGCGGAUGCAUUAGAAAAUAAUACCAGCACGCAGGCGCAUCACAAUGAAACUGACCUACAGUGUGGAAUGCCUGAAAACGAAGUGAGUCCAAACAGCUGUGUGGUAACAAAUAAUACCCCAAAUGAACGAUUAGGUGACGUAAGCGAUUGUAGAGAAACCUUUACUGCUGAUGGUGCAACAGCAGCACUUAUAGACCUAACGGAAGUAGCCAUUAUUACAAGUGAUAAAACAGCAGUACAAGCAGAUCAACUCAACACGGCGCCAGAGGAAAAAGUGCAGGAAAAGCGAAAUUCGCUCACUUCAAAGUCGAAUGUAACGCCGACGAUCAGCGUAUUGGAUAUAGCGCUUGCGCAAACUUCAUUAGAUGUCACGGGAGCAACUCAAAUGCGUAACGAUCCAGUGAGAAUUGUGAGUAGUGCUCAGCAAAUGCAGAAGCCAAAGCAUACAAGCAUCUAUCAUUCACUGCAAAAUGAGUCCGGCUCCAAGACCUCACACAAUUCCAAGUCCUGCACACAGUCGAGUUCUAUAAGUGAUGCUAUUGACAUUCAAGAGAGCAUUAUGUUGCGCCGUCAACAGCUCAAUCGUGUGGCCGAAUGGGUGCAAAGUAAUACGCAACAGCUGGAGCAGCAACAACAGCAACAGCAGCAGCAACAACAACGCAUACAGCAGCAACAACAAGCACUGAACUCUCUGAACAAUUGCGACUCCUCAGGUGGUACAGAUCGACAAUCAUCAUUUUCAACACUAGAUCCACUGGACUCGGUCUCCAUGGAGAAACUGUCAAUGGAUUCGGGGUAUAAAACUACGCCACAACCGCACACAAAUGGCUCCCAUCAGCCGUUAGAUGACGCGAAUAAGUCUACAGAAGACUCACUCUCACCUAAAACUGAUACGAACUCUAGUCUUAACAACAACAACUACAAAAAUAGCGCACUUCUCAAUCACUUCCCAUCGGACAGCAUCAGCAAACAGCUGACCAUGCACGUCUACCCCACAAACACAUAUUUUCGACGUACCACACGUUCCGGCCUACCUGUGGCGUACACCACACCUGAUCCGAAUGCCUCCAAUGCUGAGACUUUCUUAAAUAACUACAAUAAUAAUAACAACAACAACAGCGCUUGCAGCACAACACCAACGCUGCCCGAUCAGCCUACUUGUGAUAUACUCAACUACAAAUACUAUCCCAGUGAUACGGAUAAGACACGCGCCAUAAGCGCCGAACUCCAUACCACCACCAAGCACGUGGACAUUGCCCAAAUGGAAUACAAUGUUAAGCAAUUCUUGCUCAAGCAGAACGAAUGGUCGAUGCGCACCAGCAACACUCGUGGCGGUCGAGGCGGCAUCAACACGUCGGCAUCCAACUUGAGCAGCGCCAACUCACAAGUGACGCUUAGCAGCCAACGUACGCAAACCACAGCGAAGACAUUGCGGCACUUGAAGCUGUUUAGUGGAGUUGGUGUGGGACCAGGUCUGGGUGCGAGGGUACAGCCACCUUUGAUAAAGGAUGCAGCGGCGGCGGCGGCGGCGGCGAAGGCAACGGGUUCGUUAAACAACCGCGACGAAGGAGAGCUCAAAGUGAAGGCGGCGUCGGCGAAUGACGUCGAAGGUGUGAAAGUCACAGCAGCGGUAGCAGCAAACGCCUUGCCACAAAGGACUGAAACGAAUUUAUAAGAAAAUUUAGAGGUUAAACUAUUGUAAUUGCAGCUUAAGCUUAUAUAAAAUGUGCACACAUACUACAAACAAACCAACGUACAUACACAAAUUUACACUAAGCUAUAUGUAAUUAACUAGUUUUGUAUUAACGGUGAAUCAGUGCGAGCGUAAGGCAUGCGAGAAGUCGCAAGAGCUUGCCAACGGAAGAAAGGAAGCGUUAAAUUAACUAAGCUUAAUUCCAUAAACUCACCUAAAUUAAAGUCAAAUAAUUUUUAACGCAACGCGUAUAUAAAGUCUGUACAGAAUCAAGUCUUACUUUAAUACCCACAUGCAUACGUAAUAAUUUUAGAAUGAAAAUGAAGAAAGUAGUCUCUAUGUAAAUAUGUGGGUAUAUGAUAAUACACGAGAGCAUACAUUUGUAUGGUUGUAUAUGGGACUUUCUAUAUUCAAGCCAUUCUGAAUUUUAAUAAAAAUAUUUGUAUUAUUUUUUAUUGAUAUAUAUAUUGAUAAAAGUGUUAUAUGUAGAAGGCUGAAAUAUUGGGUAUUAUUCAAUUUAGGUGUCAUGGAGUACGAUCAACUUCCUCCUAUAACUCUUCAAUACCAUCUCUAACUUUUCGUUACCAUUUUUGUAAGCGGUUUCUAUCGAGAAUUUUCGUGAGUGUAUGCAUAAGCCAUUCGAAUCAUAAACCAUUUAAUUCUAACAUUGCUUUCAUUAACUUUUGAUACUGUGCUUUGGUCAAGCCAUGACGUUUUGUCUAACACAGAAUCUCCUGUAAUAACUUGUCAGUGUCAGUUAACUCGAUCAACCUCCUUUAAAGCUCAUCUAUAAUAAUAUUGGCGAUUUGUUUAAUGUUUUCAUUCGCAACAAUCUCGUUCAUCGUUUUUAUUGCUUAUAUAUCUUGUAUGGAAUUAGGAAAUCACUUGUGAAUUGCUGCUUCGGUUGAUGUAGAGCCAUUUUUGGUAUCAGCAGCAUUUAUUUUUUAUUAAAAAUCGUAUAAUGUUUCGUUAACACACAUAUCUCCUUCUAGCCCAUUUCUUCAGAAUACUAAAACUUGAAUCACUUAAAAAGCUGCAUCUUACAAACCAAUUGUCCGACAGAAUUUCAUAUCUGUGUAAAAAAACGUAAAAUGAAUUAAUGAUCUUUCAAUUAUUUGCUUUGUUACUCAAUCAUCUUUCGAUCACUGAUUAAUUGAUAAGGUAGUUGGUAGGUUGAAUGUGAAACCACCGGGACUAAAAUCCCCUCAAUCUAUAAUAACCUCCCUGAACCAUCCUGAGCUCAUGAUGAAGUUCAUCAGUACAAAAAGAUUCAUUUGUGCCACCUACGAGACCUUGUCAAGAAUGCCUCGGCCAAAGUUCUUUCAUAAAGCCUUAAAAGACUUAGUGAUUUCAAAGCCGCUUGGCUAUCUAUGUACACAAAUUUAUUUCUUGCUGUAAAGACACUCUUUGUGAGAACAAGAAGAAUUUCUCUAGUCUUCUUCUUCUCUCCCAUUGGAAGAUUAGUUAGUUAAUCACAACAUAAAAAGAUAUAUUAAGCGUGAACACUAAGAAAACACAGUUGAUUUUAGAAUGGAAAGACCCAUAUACUCGAAUAUACUCCAUUAAUAACUAGAUAAACUCCACGCGCCUAAAAUAUAAUACGUAUACAUAUUCGUUUAAAUAUGAAUGUGUAUAUGUAAUUGAUAGCUUCCGUCUUCUACCCAGCCCUGCCUAAUAAGCCCUGCCCUUCCGUACGCGUUAGGAAGCGCUGAAAAUGUUAUAAUUCCAUUUAAUAUUUAUGAAUGUAAUCGACUUAAAAUAAAGACGACUCAUAAUUAUUACAAUUAAACCUAAAUAUAUACAACCAUAUAUAGAUGUAAAUCGUAAAAA